GUUGAAAUCACGAAAGGCGGCAUGGCGGAAGUCAAGUUGGAAGCAAGGCAGGAUGCUCCGAUCUUGAGACUACCGACGACAGCGCAUCCAAAACGCAAACGGGAAGAGAUGGAAGCCGCCGCCAAUGUAAAAGCGGCGCCGACGGUGGACCACAAAGCGAUGGUGGCGGCGACGACUCCGACCCUGUCCAAGAAGGAGAGAAAGCUGCUCCGAAACGCUGCGAUGGCUACCAAGUCAAAGAAAGCAAAGAAGAAAAAGAAGCAAAAGACAGCUGCUUCCGGCGACGGCGCGACCAAGAAGCUCUCAAAGAGUGCAAAAAAGGAGCAACGAAAGGCGGCUGCAGCCUCGGCGACGACACCACAACCACCAGGAGCCGUGGUUCCAUCUGCGACGUCUUCCAUUAUGACCAACCCUUUCCAGCACAACGAUAACAGUGCACAAAGGCCAGCAAAGAAGGCCAAGAGCAUGACCUUUGGAACGACACGAUUGAGUUGGGGUGGGGACGAAGUAGUCCGCAGCUUCAUUCGAUGCGACGUCGACGUGCAUCUCAAAAAAGGCGUCACGUACGAAUUGGACUCGAUGGACGGCGGGUAUGUGCAGGUCAGCGAGCUCCGUGCCAGCACGAGUAUGUGGCGCCAAGUGCUGCAGGUCGGGGAUUACGUGGACGGUCGCAUGGCGUUGAAUAAAAAGUGGUUUGAGUGCAAAGUGGUCGAGUGCGAUGCCGACAGCGUGACAUUGCACUUUAUGGGCUGGGCUAAAACGUUCAACUCGAGUUUCGCGCGAACGUCGCCGUAUAUCCAAAAGUUGCACACGAACGUGCCGUCGUGGCGGUCCACGCUCAAGCUUUCCCAGGAAGUCGAAGUCGCGUCGAGCCUAACGAUCACCCCAACCACCGAGUGGAAGCUGCUGCCCAUCACCGGCAUCCGCGCGGCUGUCCCAUCCACCAAGGAACCCGCACCGCUUCCUGGAGCCAUUCGAUUCAACCCGACCUCCCUCCAUGACGACAUCGGCACGGCCAUGGAGGUGCAGUUCGGCCGCAGCAAGAAAUGGGUGUCGGCCAUCACCGAUAAAAUUUGUCUGCGGGGCACCCACUUUUGCAGUUAGCUGGCGCUGAGUGCACGAAAUACAAUGCAGUAUGUAUAUUAAUACAAUUCAAAACUAGAUUAUUG